AGGCUUUUCUCCUUGAGCAGGCUCGGGAAAAAACCCUGUUGCUCACUGAAUAAAUAGUCCCAUUUUGAAGUUAUCAUAUUUUUUGUCCCUUUAUUUGGUUUGAAAAACCUUUACAAAUGCGCUAAUCGAGGUUACUGUCGACGCCGGGAGAGAAAAGGACAUCUUUCUGCUCUCAAUGUUUUUCAUCCCAGCCCGGCAGCUAUUCGGUUCUUCGCCACUUUGGGGAGCUGUUGAGCUUAGCUGCUGAAGGGAUUCCCCGUUAUUAUCUAUACCCCCAUCCCUGCCCUCGGCUUUUUUCUCCCCGCCUGUCUGCUCUGCUGCUUCACAACACAGUACAGUACAGUACACACUAGUCCUCUAGUAGUGGCAGCAACCAACACAAGUGUGUAGAGUCUCUCCUCGGAGCUUCAGUUUCUGCUCUGUAUAAACCAGCCAUUUAUCAUCAAUCAUGGCCGCCGGAGUACAAAUUUAACUCCCGUCUUUCCUCCCUGUCGUCUGGAGGGGAGGAUUUUUGUUUGGGGAAACUAAAAAAUAUUAGUCCCACACUGAUUUUGGAUUUCCUCUUGGAAUUACAAUACAUCUCACAAGGGAAAUACCAUUCAUGUCAAUACUCCAAAAUGCAGCCGCCGCCGAGGAAGGUCAAAGUGACACAGGAGCUGAAAAACACACACACAGAGCAGAUGACAAGGCUGCACUUUAAACACCAGACCGAAUGUGACCUGCUGGAAGACAUGAGGAGCUACAGUCUGAAGAAGGGACAGCUGGAGAGGGACUAUGCACAGGCUCUGCAGAAGUUAGCGAGCCAGUACCUAAAGAGAGACUGGCCUGGAAUCAACCCCGAUGACCAGAGAACAGACUACAGGAAUGUGUAUGCAGUGUGGAGGUCCUACUUAGAAGGCACAGUGCAGGUGAGCCAGUCCAGACUCAACGUGUGUGACAACUACAAAAGUCAAGUAUCCGAGCCCGCUAAGACUGUUAGACUCUACAAGGAGCAGCAGCUCAAAAAGACCAUAGAUCAGUUGAGUGGCAUUCAAGCAGAGCUGCAGGAGUCGGUGAAAGAGUUGGCCAAAGCCAAGAAAAAAUACUAUGACUGUGAGCAGGUUGCCCACGCUGUACGGGAGAAGGCGGACAUAGAGGCCAAGUCUAAACUGGGUCUUUUUCAGUCAAGAAUUAGUUUACAGAAAGCAAGUGUAAAGUUGAAAGCCAAGAGAAAUGACUGUAACUCCAAGGCGACACAGGCCAGGAAUGACUACUUGCUAACACUAGCUGCUGCCAACGCUCACCAUGACCGGUACUACCAUACAGAUCUACUGCACUGCAUACAGGCCCUGGAUGGCAGGAUCUACGAGCAUGUGAAAGACUACCUGGUAGCACUGUGUCGCACCGAGCUAGAGGCCUCCCAAGCCACACACAACACCUUCCAGUUCCUGUUGGAUAAAUCAACCAGGAUAAUACAAGAGUUCAACCAGCAGUUGUUCAUGCAGGAGAACCCUGUGUUUCACAAAGCACACGACUUCCAGUUCCAGCCCAGCGAAUGUGACACGACUCUGAGCUCGGUGCAGCAGUUGGUGGACAUUGAGCCGUCGCCCGUCAGUGCCAUGAGAAUGACCCUGGCACAGAGUCGUCAGCUGGAAUCAGAGACGGGGACGACAGAGGAGCACAGCCUCAACAAGGAAGCCAGAAAAUGGGCGACCAGAGUGGCCAGAGAACACAAGAAUAUCAUACAUUACAAGAGAUGUCUGGAGGAGUGUGAGGGCCACGGCUUGCCCCCCACAGAACAGGGCAGACUAGAUCUGGAGAUGAAGAUAGAAGACACCAAAGAAAACAUACGCAAAGCUGAGACAAUAAAGUUAAAAGCUGAGGCUCGGUUGGACCUUCUGCGGCAAGUGGGGGUUGCUGUUGAUACCUGGCUGAAGAGCGCCAUGAACCAGGUGAUGGAGGAGCUGGAGAAUGAACGUUGGGCCAGCUACACUUCCCACGAUCCCUCACUGUCGGGCACAGUGGACUUGGAGCGUGAGGAGGGAGAGGAGUGUGAAGAGAAUAUGGAGGUUUUUGACGACAGCAGCUCCAGUCCUUCAGGAACCCUCCGAAACUACCCACUAACCUGCAAAGUCCUGUACUCGUACAAGGCCUCUCAGCCGGAUGAGUUAACUAUUGAUGAACAGGAGAUGUUGGAGGUCAUUGAGGAUGGGGACAUGGAAGACUGGGUCAAGGCUCGCAAUAAGACAGGUAAAGUGGGCUAUGUGCCAGAGAAAUACCUGCAGUUCCCGACCUCCAACAGUCUGCUGAGCAUGCUCCAGUCUCUGGCUACACUCGAUGCUCGAUCGCACACCUCGUCCAAUUCCACCGAGCCAGAGCUGCACUCCAACUGCAUCAAUGGAGAUGCAAACAUGAUGUAUGUCCGCGCGCUUUAUGAUUACGAGGGCCAGGCAGACGAGGAACUUUCCUUUUCCGAGGGAGCGGUGAUCCGCCUGUUGAGCCGCGACACUCAGACAGACGACGGCUUCUGGGAGGGGGAGCUCAACGGACGGGUGGGCGUCUUCCCCUCCGUCUUAGUAGAAGAUUUCACUGAGAAUGGGACCAGCGGAGGAGUGUUGGGCGACAUACAGAUUUCUCCGUCUCUGAAGCUGCCAUCCUCUCUGCCACCUCUUCCUCUGUAUGACCAACCUCCCAUCAGCCCUUUCACCAGCCCCGAGACCUCCACCCCACCUCCUCUCCCACGCUCACCCUCCACCGCACUCAAUGGGGAGCACAAGCCUCCACCGCCGCCCUCGUCUCACAAGGGACCGCUCUCCACCCACAAUCACAGCUCUGGCAGGAGUCCAGUGUCUCCAGGAUUUCCUCAGCCACUGAGAUUCACCCCUGAAGGAGGCCCGGGCAAACUACGACCUGUGCGAGCUGCUCCUCCUCCACCCAAACAGCACCCUCGCCGACAGCAGGAGAAGAGCGACAAGACAGAGGAGGUGGAGAUCACACUGGUGUGACAGACAGACAAGCUGGCAGGCGGUGACAGAGACAUAAAAAAUAUAAACAGAUGACAAACAUACGUAUCCUACAGGCUGGGGAACUGAACUGAACUGCUCUGAACUGAAGUCAGCUUCAAUAAAGUGAUGUGAAGUAAAACAAACUGAACCACGUCCAACGCCCCCAGCCUCUCCACAUCUUCUCUCCUACUCAAGUUGAAGAGGAGAGCAGAGAGAGGGGAUAAAGGCAGAGUAUCCAAUUAAAUAACUUCCAUAUUAGCUUCCUAAUGAAGUGCAGCAGUAGCCCCUCCCACACACACACACAUCCCUCUCUGCCCUCCCCUGUCCUUCCAUUCUUGCCUUAAAACUUCACCUCAUCGGGCAGCAAACCCGAGCACACUGAAGAGGAGGAAGAAUGUUUAGAGAGGGGAAGUGCGAGGGAAAGUUAAUGAUGGGUUUUGCAAGUGUUCUUUUAUCUUGUUAAGCUUACUUUAUGAUAUUUUAAGGCAGUUUAUCUCUGCACAGGAAUAUCAUUCUGCUACAUUUAAGAAAUUUCACUUUUUCCACUCAAUUAUUAACAAAUAAUGAGAGAAAUUAUGGAACCCUUAAACUGACAAAAUGUAGUAAAGGGUUACAAGACAAGUCAAAAAUAUAAAAUAGAUUGUAAAUAGAAAUGUAGAGCUUUAUACUUAAACAUUUAAUAAUUUAUCUCUGUUUCCACCACAUUUCCAAUUUUCCUUAAGCAUACAAUUGCUUAUUUUUGGGAACUGUAGAGGGCUGUGUGGCUAGCUAGCGUAACUAAAAACACUGAGCACCACCCUUUCAGUUAGCUAACUAGCUGUAGCUAACUAUUGCAUCGCUGUAUAAACUCUACCAACAGUAAUUAAAUCAUUUUAGUCUGGAAGCUAUCGCUAACAACGUUGGCUAGCUAGAACUUCUGAUUUUGGUCUAUUUGACAUUUUGAGCAAAGGGACAUUCAACAACACACACAUCUACAAAAUGUUGAGGAUGAGAUAAUAAAGUCCAUAAUGUAACAAUAUUGUUAUGAAGAUAGAAGCAUGUCUCUAAAGAACUUCUGUGAACUUCCACGUAGCGUAGCAAGUAGCACGCUUGCAAAAAUGCUUUAGCUACCGUUACAAGAGUUUUAUAUAUUAAUGCUCCAGCAGUAUGCAGUACAGUAUGUUGAUAAUCAACAUUAGGUGCAGUAGCUCGUGUAGCUUAAUGUUAAAAGUUAGCUUCAGCUUGGUAGCUAACAAAAAAGGCUUGUCCUCAGUGUUUCUAGCCACCAGUGUUUUCAGGUAAGCUAACUAGCCACACAGUCAUGUGGUAAAGAAAAUUUUGGGAAAAUAGGGACUAGAUAAAUGAUUUACCAAAUAUAAUAAAAUAAGUGAUUUAUGUAUUUUAUCAGUUAUAAUUUUGACUUAUCGGAUACCUUUUACUAUAGUUUGAGUGUCAGGGAACAAAAACUAAGCUUGAUGUGAGUGAAUUAGUAUAAAACGUGCCGAACAUGUCAUGACUUGGAUUGCAGUUGGGAGUUUCAAGUAAAUGGACAGAGAAACUGGGUGGUGCAUGGAUGCAGUGUCCCCCCUUGCCAGCCCUUCCCUCGACAUAUAUAGUCCUCAUCAUCAUACGUAUUCAAUGUGUAUUAGUACAGUACAUUACUGUUGUCAUAGGAAUGUUAUGCACAGCGUUUCAUAUAGACUAACUCAGCUGAAUGGAGUACCAUGUCUGAUAUGUAGUGGAAGUUUUAUCCUCAUCUUAUACUGAAAGGGCAUUGUAAAUACAAUAUGAAGGAGAGAUGAAAGAAGAAUGGGAAGGAGAGGGUGAAAGAACAACAUAGAAAAGGGAGGCUGGAUCCUCCCUUCUGCUCUUUUCUCCGCCUCUCUUCCCAUCCUUCCUUUCUUUCUCUCCCUCUUUUCUCUAAUGUCUGUUCUGUCCAUUGGCAAUUGAAUCGGUGGCUAUUGUAUACACACAUACAGUACAGUUACAUUAUAUUACAUUCAUGUUGCUAUAUCUUCUCAUUCUGUGACCCUCUGUGUGCUUAUAUCACUGAUUGGUUCUGGUGGAGGCCGGUGGUGCUUUCAAAAGGCACUGAAAUGGUUGGUAUUCACUAUGUGGUGACAAAGAAAAGUUGUAUUUGACAUGAUAUAAACUUAUUUGGGGUCAGCAGUUUUUAUUAAUCACAGAAUGAACUGUAUAGCUUUUAUCCCUACUGAUCAUAUCUCCUCUCACAUUAAUUUUGUUCACCUAUGGCUUAUAUCCUUGUUUAGUUGACAUGUACUACAUUCGCAGGUAUUAUUUAUCUCAUGUUAUGCCAUCACAUCACUAUAUGAGCAAGUUUUUUUUAAUACAGCAGAGAAAACAUUUCCCAUUUGGUAUCAUCCUUACGUUUUUCCUUGUGUUUUACAUUUCAACUUUGAUUAACGGAGGUAGAGAUGUAUAAGACGCAAACAUCAUGCUAAAUGGACAGAACUAGCAAAUGACAUUCAAAUUGAGCUAAGUACAAUUGUUUUUGUUUUUUAAAAUCUUUUCCCCUUAAAUACCCUUCAAGCCUUUAAAACUCCUUGCCUAAAGGGCAGCGUAGCACUUUUAUUUAUUUGUACCGUCCCUGGAAAGUAGCAGUACCUUAACAUUGCAUCAGAAUGGAUAGAUAUUACUCUGAUAAAUCGCUGCAGUUUAAUACAGAUAUCAGAGUUAUUCUUUUCAUUCUGAUUCUGUGGUGGAUCCUUUUUAUUUCAGUGUGACUGAUGAUUUUUUUUUAAGUCUCCACUCUUCCAAAGAGAUUGGGAGAUACUUGUGGACAAUGUAAUUUGGUGUUAACUUAUAAAAAGAAAGACGCAAAAACAUGAUUACUGAAAGGGAUGUUUGGAGUGAAGACUUGGAGAGAAUGAGGUUUUUAGAUCUUGAGAUGGGCCUGGCUGUUUUUGUGUGUGAUUGUUUAAAGGAGAGAGGACGAAUUUUGAUCAGAGCUGUGUUUGAAGAUGUAAAGAUGUGUCCCAGUUCCUUCCUACAUAUUUGUUUUAACCAGGGUUUUGGCAGAGCAUUCACGCUUAAAACAUUUCAGAAUAAAAGUCAAAGGUGUUACUACUGGUGAUGCUAAAUUAGCUUCAUUAUUGAGUGUGGUGUUAAUGGACAAUAUUGUCCCCAAAUCUAACACAUAAAAAGAGGGAGCUCCUCAUAAGUGGAGACAAUUAAAACGUAUUGUACCCUGUUGUGAGACAGCUCCACAAAUACGGCAGAAAGCAAAAAACUCAAGUAUUAAAUCUGUUUUGCUUUGUCUUUGUUAUGGAUAUUAUCUGUUGUGCUCCAAAGUUGCAGUGUCAUACCGCAUUUCCUGUUGGUAUAGAACUGUAAAGUAUCUUAAUUUAUUGUAUACUAACAGUAAAAGUAUGAAGAUUAUUAAUAUGUAGUAUGAAGUUGGGGCACAGCUUAAAGCUUCUUGUAAGCAGAGAAAGAAAGCCCUCUAAAGUCCUGAUCUGGGCUCAAAUUGAUUGGGUUCCUCGUUGCCGGGUGGAGGUGAAUUAUGGUCAAAUUGAGAAAAUGAUGCAAGAAAGGAAGGAAAUACUUCAACAAAUUAUCAUUUUUUUCUGCAUCAGCUUUUCGAAACAACAUUUUGUGUAGCAUCCACACCUGAGAAAGUUAAGCACGCUGGAAUAAAUUACAGUUUCAGAUCCAAACCUCUGCUCCUCUGCUGUCGUAGGAAAGUUGUAACAGCAGCUUAUUUAUUUAUAAUGGUUAUUAAACUUGUUUUGAAGUUUAUAGUUUACAGCAUUCCACAGAACUUCCCACCAUAAAUGCUUAAUCUCUAGUCUAUCAAAUAUAAAAUGUGUGACUUUUUGUUGCCAGUUGCCACUUUGAAUAUGGUUAUUUCCCCUUUUUAACAGUCCCUUUGGUCCAUUACAGUGUUUAAUUAUUGGGUAUGGACCUGUUUUUGGUUUUUAUGUAUUGUAUAAUUCUUUUAUUUUUCAUUCUUCGAUUUGGAGCAGCUGCACAGCUGCUGCUAUUUACAAAGUGGUGGAAGAACUGGCCUUCUCUCUCUUCACGGACUGUUGCCAUAGUGACAAAAACGAGAACAGGUGCAAAAGUCUUUCUGCAUAUUAUUAUCGGCUGUACAAAAAACAAAGUUUGUAUUUAUUGUGUACAAAUGUUAAUUAAUAAAAAAAUAUUGAAAAGUUG